ACAGGCGCAACUGAAAGUAGAGUUUGAGACUGAAGUUGAACGGCUAAAAGACCUAUAUAUACUGAAUGAUUACGCUUCUCUGUUUAAUAAUGACGUAACGGCAGUAACGGAAGCAGCCGAUCGGCUUUGUCAAAUGUAUUAUCAGCAAGCCAUUUGCAGCAACGAAACACUUCCACUGAAACAGAUUAAGACUACAACCGAGUUAGAAUCACCAAUCAACGAGAUGUCGGAAGAUAUAGGUCAGUGGAGUAGACAGACAAGUAUUACUCAGAGGCGCCAGCAAACGAACACGCAACUAUUGCAAGAUUGUACAUAUUUUCAAAGCUACCCAAACUACUCCGAACGUUCAUCGGCUGAGCAGGAAGAUGAAUUGCGCCGUUUCAAGACACAGCUAAAAGUCCUUCGAGAUCAAAACGCAAAAUUAGAACUAAAGAACACAAAUCUUGAAAGCCAACACGAACGUCUCGUCAAGGAAGUACGAGCCUUUCAAAACCAAAAUGACCUUCUUUCUAUUGACGUUGAUAGACUAACAGUAAAUUUUGAUUCACUGGAACGGCACGCUGAGACCACCAAGGAUCAAUAGCUGUUACGUCUCAAUGAAGAAAUGCAAAUAAAUAAAACAAUUCAAGAACAUUUUGAAAAGGAGAAAAGAGCAGAUUUAGAAUCUCAUCGGAGAACAGUCAAAGACUUGCAAGAAGAACGAGCGAUCUUGCAGAAGAACAGUAAGGAUCUAGCUAAACGGCUACAAGGGCAAGAAGCUGCAAACGACAAAUUACAGAAUGACAACGACGUGUUAGAGAAAGAAAAAGAAGAGUUAGACGUUGAGAUAGUUACAUUGAAGCAACAAAUGGAAAAGGGCCACCUGGCUCAUUGGCAUUGGCAAAACGAUCGACGCCAAUGGCAAAUUUACGAAGACCAUACGGCAGUUCAAUUAGAAACAGUUUAUACAGAACAAACUGAAACAAUUACACUGCAAAUCGGCAAGCGUUAUCAUUACGAAUUCGAUCUUCGGGUAAUGGCAGAUAUGAAACAAAGAAAUCUAGACACAGGAAAAGUGCGAAAGAUAACGAGAACAGAAUGGUCUUUUUCAGGUUGCCCUGAUACGUGGGAAAGACAAAGCAAUGAUUUCCAUCUUUCUACAGUAGGUACAACGACUGUUGAGUAAUAGGACAUCCAAACUCGUUUUGACAGAACUAUGCCAGGUUUCAAAAUCAAGAAGAUUGAACGAAUUCAGCGUUUUUAUCUCUGGCACGAGUACCAACUUGCCAAACACCGAAUGGCCAUGAAGAACGAAGGAGAAGUCAACGAAAUGGAGUUGUUUCACGGGACAAAUCAAACAGAUCCGUCACAAAUUUAUAAGAGUCCGGUUGGAUUUGAUAUAAAGUACGCUGAUUCGCGAGGCCGGUGGGGUACCGCCAUCUACUUCGCCAGAAAAGCUUCGUAUUCCCAUAGAUACUGUUAUGCCAAAGACGAAUCUGGCAACCGUCUACAAAUGUUUUUAGCAAAGGUUCUAACCGGUAUUUGUGACGACGAUGCUCCAAAUCGGUUAGUAGGUCGAGAGCUAAGGCGGCCGUAUUUUCGACCGGAUCCGCCAGCUGCUUGGACCAGAGACGAUGCGUGUGAUCGCAGAUAUGAUUCGCUAAGCGGAGUGACCAGCGUAGUGACCAGAGGAAUGACCAGGCGAGUGACCAGCGAAGUUUGGUCGAGAGUUUAUGCCAUUUUCGAUAACUUUCAUGCAUAUCCGUAUUAUUUGAUUACAUACGCUCCUCGCAAAAUUUAUGUAGCGAAAACAAUGGUGUAGUGCUUUCAGUUGCACUGUUUUUCGUAAUUGCAAUGACACUGCUGUUUACCGUAAUUUGCUUAUGAUAUUAAAAUUUCUAAUUUUGCUGAAUACAAGUGAUCAAAGCACAUGUUAGUGGUUAUUUGUAUUCAUAUCAUCUAUAUAUAUAAAUGAG